CGUCUAGUGAAUUAAGUAUCCGGGGAAGCACCAUAAUUGAACAACCCGCACCCCUUGAAGGACUAUACACUUCGAGAUGGAUAGGGAAGACGGAAGUUUCAGCCCUAAAAGGCGAAAACUCGAUUUCAAUCCUCUCCGCUCCGACGAUCGCUACUCAUCCCUCCCAAAUCGAAGCCAUCCAUCGUCUUCCCGCUCACACAAUCGCUUCCAGCAUAACUCCAACUCACGCGCUUCCACCCCUCGCGCCCAAUCGAAUUGGGCCUCAACCCCGAAGCAAAAUGAAUUCGAUGGCCCGGAGCCGCUAGUCGAUGCGGAGGAACAGAAUGCCCUCGACCGCGACUGGUAUACUGGCGACGAAACUGGCGGUCACACGUUCGGCGAUGACUCGCAUAAUCCCUUUGGAUCGUAUGAUACGUCGUGGGUUGAGCAGCAACAACGGGAGGCGGAUAUGAUAGAGAAGAAGGCGGGGAAACAUAUGAAUGCGCGACAACUGCAGAGGCAAAAAGAUAAUGAUGCCUGGGAGACUAAUCGUAUGCUUACUUCCGGUGUUGCGCAACGGCGGGCUUUGGGCGAUGAUUUCGAUGAUGAGGAUGAGGGGACGAGAGUUCAUUUACUGGUUCAUGAUUUGAAACCGCCGUUUCUGGAUGGGCGGACGGUGUUUACCAAGCAGUUGGAGCCUGUGCCGGCUGUUCGGGAUUACCAGAGUGAUAUGGCGGUAUUCAGUCGUAAAGGAAGUCGUGUUGUGAGGGAUAGGAGACAACAGAGGGAACGACAGAGGCAAGCGAAAGAAGCUACUAAUACGGCUGGUACUGCGCUCGGGAACCUUAUGGGCGUGAAGGAAGACGAGGGCGAUAGUGCUCUGCCGAUCGCGACCGAAGAAGAUGCCUCGAAAUCCGGGAACAAGUUUAGCGAGCACAUGAAGAAGAAUGACGGCGCAAGUGCGUUCAGUCAGAGCAAGUCUUUAAGGGAACAGAGGGAAUUUCUACCCGCAUUCGCAGUGCGGGAAGAUCUUCUGAGGGUAAUCAGAGAUAACCAAGUUGUCAUCGUGGUUGGUGAAACAGGUUCAGGAAAAACUACGCAAUUGACACAGUUCUUAUACGAGGAAGGCUACGGAAGAAGAGGCAUGAUAGGCUGUACGCAACCCCGACGAGUGGCGGCCAUGAGUGUUGCAAAGCGUGUGGCCGAAGAGAUGGAAGUUAAGCUGGGCAGCACUGUUGGUUAUGCCAUCCGAUUCGAAGACUGCACUAGUGCAGACACAGUCAUCAAAUACAUGACUGACGGUGUCUUGCUUCGAGAGUCGCUAAAUGAGAGGGAUCUAGAUCGCUAUUCAUGCGUGAUCAUGGAUGAAGCUCACGAACGUGCUCUCAAUACAGAUGUGCUGAUGGGACUGUUCAACAAAAUAUUGCAACGUCGGAGAGAUCUCAAGCUUAUUGUCACAUCAGCUACUAUGAACUCCAAGCGGUUCUCGGAUUUCUUUGGUGGAGCACCCGAGUUUACUAUUCCAGGUCGAACUUUCCCUGUCGAUAUUAUGUUUCAUCGAUCCCCAGUUGAAGAUUACGUCGAUCAAGCCGUUCAACAAGUACUUGCGAUCCAUGUGUCAAUGAGCCCCGGUGAUAUUCUAGUGUUCAUGACGGGUCAGGAAGAUAUCGAGUGCACAUGCGAAUUGGUACGAGAAAGGCUAGAUGCCUUGAAUGAUCCGCCAAAACUCAGCAUUCUCCCAAUUUACAGUCAAAUGCCUGCAGACCUCCAAGCCAAGAUUUUCGACCGAGCGCCACCCGGAGUGCGAAAAUGCAUCGUGGCUACAAAUAUCGCAGAAACUAGUUUGACGGUCGAUGGUAUCAUGUACGUGGUGGAUGCAGGAUAUUCGAAAUUGAAAGUGUAUAAUCCUCGUAUGGGUAUGGAUACACUGCAGAUUACCCCAAUUUCGCAAGCCAACGCCGGCCAGCGUGCUGGUCGUGCCGGUCGCACAGGACCUGGUAAAGCAUUUCGUCUAUAUACCGACAAGGCUUUUAAGGACGAGCUCUAUAUUCAAACAAUACCCGAAAUCCAACGGACUAACCUGAGCAAUACUGUGCUUCUACUGAAAUCAUUAGGCGUCCGGGAUUUGCUUGAUUUCGAUUUCAUGGAUCCUCCGCCUCAAGACACCAUCACCACCUCCCUUUUUGACCUCUGGGCCUUGGGUGCGCUAGACAAUCUAGGAGAAUUAACAGACUUAGGUUCCAAGAUGAAUGCUUUUCCUAUGGACCCUUCCCUGGCUAAGCUACUCAUUAUGUCUGAAGAAUAUGGAUGUAGUGAGGAGAUGGUUACUAUCGUUUCCAUGUUGUCCGUUCCCAACGUCUUUUACCGCCCAAAGGAACGACAGGAGGAAUCUGAUGCUGCGCGAGAGAAAUUCUUCGUUCCCGAAUCCGACCAUCUUACCUAUCUCCAUGUGUAUUCACAAUGGAAAACCAAUGGUUACUCGGAUGGUUGGUGCACGCGCCAUUUCCUGCAUCCAAAGUCCCUACGCAGAGCAAAGGAAAUUAGAGAUCAACUGCUUGACAUUAUGAAAAUGCAAAAAAUGCAGAUGAUUAGUUGUGGUACAGAUUGGGAUAUUAUUCGAAAGUGCAUUUGCUCCGGCUACUACCACCAGGCCGCUAAAGUCAAGGGUAUUGGAGAGUACAUCAAUUUGCGCACAUCAGUCACUGUGCAACUCCAUCCCACUAGUGCUCUUUAUGGCCUUGGCUUUUUACCCGAUUAUGUUAUCUACCACGAACUGAUCUUGACAUCGAAAGAGUACAUGUCCACUGUGACAUCCGUUGAUCCUCAUUGGCUGGCGGAGUUAGGUGGCGUUUUCUACUCCGUAAAGGAGAAAGGGUAUUCGGCUCGGGAAAAGCGCAUUACAGAAACCGAGUUCAAUCGCAAGAUGGAAAUUGAAGCGAAAAUGGCCGAGGAUAAGAAACGAUACGAAGAGCAGAAGGAACAGGAAGAAGAAAGGGCCGCCAAGAAGCCCGCUGCCAGUAAAGGAGAGAAGAAAAUUAUCACUUCGGGCGCGGUGAAGAAACCUGUGAUCAAGAGGAAAGGUAGAGGUUUCUAAGGGUUAUGAUUGUUGAACAUUGUUUAGGAUACCAUUGCAUCUAGAAGAUAACGAUUCGAUCAAUUUUACGGUUUAUGUGGGCGUUAGGUCUUCAUUGCCUAUCGUCGGACUUCGAACUGAGCUUCAUCUUCUUGUACAUCUCGAGUUUCUUGGUCCAACUUAACCACAUGUGCAUGUGUUGGGCCCUUGUCAAGUUCCUUCAAGAACAUUUUGAUCGAGUCUGCGUGUCCUUGUGCCUCUCCCUCAACUUUGCCGUUCUCGGUGUUUCGACACCAUCCUGUGAUGCUAUGCUCGGCGGCUUUCUUCUGCGCAAAGUAUCGAUAGCUUACGCCUUGGACUCGGCCAUGGGCGAGAAAGUAGACUCGUUGUGACUGCGACAUAUUGAUCUUCUAAUUGUAGUGUAGCAGAUCGCAUGCAGAUAAGGAGUUGCGUUUCUAUGUAUGUACAAUGACGCCCAGGAAGAGCUUUAUCGGAGCGGGAUUGGCUAAGAAGAGAUACGCGGCAGAAUU